CUAAGAAUUACCUCCCUUCCACAAGUUGGCGGUGGAAACAAGUUUUGCCGAGAGACAAUAUAGUGUAUGCAGUGUAUAGAUCCUUUUUAUCGGGCCUUUAUCUAUGUUGUGACGCGUUGUAUUGUUGUAUUGUCGUAAUCACUGUAACAGUCUAAACAACUGCAGAGUGAGAAUGUCACAAAAUCAGCCACAUUUUGCUGUGGUAGAGCAGGCAAUCAACACAGUAAAACAGAUUCAGCAGUACAUCAAUGUUGGCAUGGAAACUACAAUAGAUGUUGCCAUGGAUGUUGUAGAGAAUGAUAAAGAGAACCAGAAGCAGGUGGACGAGCUGAAAUCUGUGAUGCUGGACUAUGUGUGUAUGGAGCGAGACCUGGAGCAGUUCUUGGCUGCUGUCGACCACACCAAGAAUAAGGCCCUGGAGAGUGGUGAGGUGAGCAGUCUGGAGCGGGACUUGGACCUGAAGCUGAAGGAACUGCAGGUCGAGAACAGGAAGUCAAACCUGAAGCAGCAUGAGAAGUACACCGACCUGGAGCAGAAGAUACAGGAGCUCAAGAACCCAGAUGUUGCUGGUGAGCCACAGCUAUCGAUGCCGUCAACAUCUGCUGAGGAUGAUGAGAUCUGUAUGACAGAGGAGACAGUCAACACCAUGUGUCCCUACACACGGCAGGAAAUGAAGUUCCCCAUGCAGAACAAGCUGUGUAAACAUAACUAUGAGAAGGAGGCCAUCCUUGAAUACAUCAGUCGCCGCGGCAAGAAGGCCAAGUGCCCAGUGUCGGGGUGUGCCAACAAUAAGCCCAUAGAGCAGUCCGACCUCGAGGACCACAAGACGUUGAGGCGAUACAUUGAGCGGGCCAACAGACAGGCAGGGAAGAGGACGAAACACUAACACAACACGUGUUAUGUUACUUGACACAAGACUGGUUGUAAAUCUUGUGGAAUGCGCUUCAAAAUGUGCCCCAUCUUCCUGAGGGAAGGGAGUUAACUGACUUUAAAAGUCCAGUUUUCAUUCUUGUCAAACUAGGUUUGAAUUCCAGGGCUCGAUCGUAGCGCCACCAUUGGUAAUUAUGAGUUAUGUCCCUUCUAAGCCUCUCCUAUAGACCAGUCAGAUUCCACCUUUCGUAUCACUUGCAUUUGUUUAAAACAAAAUGGCGGCGC